GUGACUCUGUGAAACAGUGACUCUGACUGUGACUGCGAAAUGUGUCGCCAAUGGAAUUGCGAUUUGCUGCUUUUGGGACUGUGCCUGCUCCUCUGUCAAUUAGAACCCAUGCGUGCCAGUAUACUCAAUACAUUGCUAGGCGUGCCCGCAGAGUGUGUGCAUCAGAGUGGCGUUUGGCCGUGCAAGUUGAGCUUCUCCUGCUGGCUGCAAGGUGGCAAGCAUGCCAAAGGCUGUGGCAGCAACAAAUGGCUCUUCAGCUGCUGUGUUGCCGAGCCUCAUCAGCAUCAGCAUCAGAUUCAGCAUCAGCAUCAACAUCAACAUCAAUCGCCGCUGGACAAUCUGGUUGACUAUGGAAAACUCAAGAUGAGUCUGAACAGUCUCCCCAAACGUAUUAUGUUGCGACGGCGCGAUGAUAACGAGCUGCACAAUGUCAAGCCAGAAUGUGGCAUGCCACGCACAGCACAGAAUACGCUGCAGAAGCGCAUCAUUGGCGGUAGACCGGCACAGUUUGCCGAGUAUCCGUGGCUGGCACAUAUACGGAUAGCGGAGUAUCAGUGCGGCGGGGUAUUGAUCUCGGCCAAUAUGGUGGCAACGGCGGCACAUUGCAUACAGCAGGCGCAGCUGGACGAUAUAACAGUGUAUCUGGGCGAACUGGACACACAGAAUCUGGGGCACAUACAUGAGCCGCUGCCCGUGGAGAAGCACAGUGUGCUCCAGAAGAUCAUACAUCCCCGUUUCAACUUUCGCAUCACACAGCCGGAUCGCUAUGAUCUGGCGCUGCUCAAGCUGUCGCGACCCACGGCAUUCAGUGAGCACAUUCUGCCCAUUUGUCUGCCACAAUAUCCGAUAAGAUUGAUUGGCCGCAAAGGCCUCAUUGCCGGCUGGGGCAAGACGGAGGCGCACAUGGGGCAUGCGGGCACCAAUAUGCUGCAAGUGGCCAGUGUGCCCAUCAUCUCCACCUUGGACUGCAUACGCUGGCAUGAGAGCAAGCAGAUCAAUGUGGAAAUCAAGUCGGAAAUGUUUUGUGCCGGUCACUCGGAUGGUCACAUGGACGCUUGUCUAGGCGACUCUGGCGGUCCAUUGAUCAUUAAGGAACGUGGUCGCUUUGUGCUCGUGGGCAUUACAAGCGCUGGUUUUGGCUGUGGCGUGGAUCAUCAGCCGGGCAUCUAUCACAAUCUGCAGAAGAGUCUGCGCUGGGUGGAGGAUGUUGUGGCGCACAAUGAGCUGUAGCACAGCUGUCCACCGGGUGUGGCAAGCAAAUCUCAUUAGUUUAUGCCGUGUAGCAUUAAGCAAUGGCCAUGUGCAAUCACAGCAAUCACAACAACGAAAAUAACAAUAACAAAAUACAAUUUAUUAGAUUUAUUAAAUAUUAUUAUGUAGUUAA